UCUACCACCUAAUCAGCUUUCGCAAGACGGUAGCUUCGUGAAAGCAUUCGCAGUCAACUUUUCCCGGAAAGUCCUGUUCGCUCCAGCCGGCUUGCGAAUCUUACCCUUCUACUACUCAGGCUUCAAGACCUAUUAUCCCAACUUGUGUCUUCGGAGAGUUAAUUGUAUUUCGAAUCACCAAGCGCGAUGGCAACAUACGGCUACGGGCCACCUCCUCCUCCCCCAGCUGGGGCUCCACCACAAGCUUACCAGCAACAGUACGGCCAGUACCAACAACAACCAGCUGCUGGACAUACUCACGGAGGCCAUGCGCCGCGAGGAGGUCGGGGCGGCCACAGCGGACGCGGCGAUUUUCACGCUUCUCCACCAUCAUACCCCUACAAUAACCAACCACAACCCCCUCCUAGUUAUGCCGGGCCUCAUCAUGCUCCUCCACCUCCCCAUACACCCUUAGCGCCCCAAAACUACCACCCUAACUACGCGCCCCAGCAUUAUCAGCAACCUCAAUAUGCCCAUCAGCAACAAUACCCUCAUCAACAGCCGCAGCAGCCCCCACAACCACCACAGCCACCUUAUGCUCAUCACUACCCCUCCUACCCUCAGGCCCCAAGUGCGCCUCCUCAUCAGCCAUGGGGAGGCCCUGCGACAGCUGGUCAUCAGCCUGCGGGCCCUGCUCACUACGGAUCAGGACGUGGUAGAGGCGGGCACCAAGGGGACCGUGGCGGACACAAGCCAGCUGCUGCUAUGGGCCCGCCGCUGCGCAUGGGUUUCGACAAUCGCGGUCCAGAGCCGCCUGCUUUAGUGAGCAGCGCUACUGUGUACCCUCCUCAACCCUUCGGGCCUCCCCAGGGGGCCACGCCGUACGCAGCACCGCCAUCAUAUCACCCAGGUUAUCCGCAGCCAGGGCCACCUCACAUGCAUGCUCCUGGCCCUCCUCAUUAUGAUCCAUACCAGUCUGGCCAGCACGGUGGUGGUCGCCCUCACGGACGCGGUGGUUUUCACAAUAGCAACCGGGGCCGGCCUCAUACUGGUGGCGACAAGAUGCGCCAUAACAAUCAUAAGAAGCCUAACGGGGCUCCCUCCACACCCCAAAGUGGCCAUCAGAAGCCUGAUGCACCAUCCGCGGGGAAGAAGAAGAAGCGCAAGACGAACACCCUUGGACUCACCCCUGGUGACGAGUCCGAUGAUGAUUUCAAUGAAGAGGCGAAGCUUGUCGAGCUGAUAGGCCCAGAUGCCCCCAAUCCCACCGAUAUUGCUGCAUGGAUCGCAGAACGCAAAGCCAACUUCCCCACGCAGGCGCGUAUCAAAGCUCUGGCUGCAGCUGCGGCAACCUCCAACGGCGACAAGACGAAAGAUGGCAAAGAUGCCGCAGUCUCGUCACUUGAGAAGCAGAAGCUCAAGGCAGAAAAACUCAGGAAGCAGCUUGAAAAAGUAGAAUCGAGUAUCAAGCGUAAGAGGGAGCAGCAGGACGAAGGUGAUGACAUGAGGGAUGUCAAGGCCAGUCCUUCCUCUUCUGACGAUUCCCAGUCGGACUCGGAGAAGCCUGAGGUUCUGCCCAGCCGCCCAGCCGUGCCACCACCGUCGAAGAAGGCAGAUCCCUCAAAGCACUGCAAGUACUAUUCGACUGGUGGUGUAUGUGGUAAGAAAGGCAAGUGUCGCUUUGUUCACGACGAAGCAGUUCGAUCUGCUGCCCUGCGGGAGCGUGAGAUGAAUGGCGGCAGAAUGACACUACAGCAGCGCCUAACGCUGAACGACAAGGAUCAAGAGGAUCUCACGAUUGUCAAGACUCUUCAAUAUCUCAAGGAGAAAGGCCUCAUUGAUCAAUCGGGCAGUACGCCCAGCUCGCAGCCAAACAGGUCGGAGACAAGUGCCGACCUGCCACCUCGCCCAGCUGUUGUUGCUACCUCAUCCCGCGCGUCAGCGGAUCCCUAUCAGGGGUGGGACCUAAAUGGCUUUGGUAACUCGGGAGCAAGGGACUCGGUCUAGAGGGCCAAGUACCUGGGGAAUCUGUCAUGAUAGGUGUUUUAAAGGCGAAGUGCCCUGAAGCUAUAAGAUGACGGUUUCUUUUCUUCCUUGUUUUUUUUGUCUGUACCAAAAACUCAUUAGUUGUUGCCAUACCCUUAUUUCCCUCCUUUUUGCCCCCUUCUCUUUUUCACCAAAGUAUUCGCGCUGCCAACAGCUCUAAUUGUCGAUAAUUUGUACCUCUUUGGCGUUUCUGUUUUUAUGUUUAUCCACGAUUUGUUAGAUUUUCUUGCUCUUCAUGCUUACAGGAGUUACGUGCACAUUGCAACUUCACGUUCAGCAUCUCGGCCUUGGGCCAUAUCAACCGUGUCACAUUCGUUUUCGCUGAUGGACUCUAGGGAGUUUUGCAAAUCAGAAUACCAUUGAAUUCGCACUUGAUUUUGAUUUUUAAUCGGUACUUUGACACAUUUGUUUCUUGGCCGUCUUACCAGUUCGUGAUUACCUCCCCGAAACGUUCGCAACCCGAGGUGGGGAAUAUGUCAAAUCAAACACCAAAGCACAGAGCGGCUCACUGUCUUGGGCUGAGAGCAAGUGCGAAACGUGUGGUUACAGUACCUAGGAAUCGGCAAACUCCAUCUACCCACGGUUCUAUUCCUAGUAGCAAGUUCUCUCGAACAGAAACACGACCAAAAGAACAUUAUGUUUGUCGUGGAUCUAGAAAUAUGCUCUGAUUAAACACUAACAAACAAACGCUUAUGUUAUGCUAUCCACCAACUCCCCGCAAUCCAAUAGACAAAGUUUGAUUCUCGUCUACUUGUUUCCUGCAAAGCCUUGUCUAGCCGUAGUCAAAUUUGUAACAAUGAGCCCUCAGUUCGUUUUCCAAAUCUCUAUUCAGGUCAAGACUCAAUGUGAGAUAUUCGCUAGAGCAGAUAAUACAACCAUUGUAGAGUGCAUAGGCUUGAAAACUAUCGCCGCCUAGACAUGGAUUCCAGGAGCCGUUGUUUCCGUUCCUCUUUGGCACGCUUGAGUCUCUGCUCUAGGGCUUCCUGUUCACGGUCCUCGCGACGACCAAGUAUCUCUGCUCUGUGCUCUUCCUCGUCAAUGUCUGAAAUACCGGCCUCCAUAUCAGAUUCAUUAUCAGAGGCGUCGGCAUAUCGUGGUCGACCGUAACCGUUCUCCUCCUCGUCGUCGUCGUAGUCGAUAAAAUCGUCCAUGUCGUCCUCGUCGUCCUCGUAAUAGCGGCUUUGGCGGGACCGAUAAUCCCGUGAACCGUUGACACCAGCUGUGCGAUGACCAGCGUUUCGUGAGCUUGUGGAAACUUGGCCAGGCUUCUUCGCUCCAUUGGGCUUUGGUCGGGCGGUGCCCUGAUACCCUGUGGUUGCCACCGCUGCCUUCUUGACCUUUUUCGCCUCGGUGGCCACUGCUGAUUCCUUCUUGCCAUUAGGCGUAGGCCUUGCUCCAGGUGCACCAGGACUCCGUAUCCUUCCGUUGGCUCUAUCUCCGUUCCUGGAGACGGAUGGCCCUGCUGUCCUGCCUUUCUGUGCAACCGACCCGCCCCUAACGUCGUCCCUCCCGUUUGCUGAAGGACCCCGUGUCGCCUCUAAUUUUGGAUCUGUCCUUUGACGGUUCAGUGGUGGUUUCUCGACUGCUUUAUGCUGAAUUUUGCCGAUAGGUCCUUGGCUCUGCUGCGCCUUUGCCGCACGUGCCAUAAUCUCAGCAAACGAACCCUUUUUGGGGGCUGUUUUCGGGGCAGCGACCGAGGUGGCCGGCCUUGCCGAUGCCGGGGUUGGCCUUGGUUUUUGGGCUGAUGCUGUGCUCUGACCGACACCUGCCGAAAUCCUGGGGGUAGAUCCAGGCGUCCUUCUGUUCGGGUCGGAUGUUCCUUGAUAUACUGGUCGCGAAACCGGUGCAACCGAGGGAGAAGCAGCGGUGGUGGUAGGGCGAGAGGUUGUCACAGGGACCUUUCUGGGAGCCGUAGAGGUUGUCAUCCGUGCCAACUUAUCACCACCGUUUCGGAGAUCAUCGUCGGCCUUCCUCUUCGGAUUUAUGUUGAUUUUGGACGGCUCGGCUGAUUUCGGCUUUUCGCCCGUAAUCGAAGCAAGCAAGUCGACAAUCGGCAUUUUGAAUUUCAAAUGCGGCACUAUGGCCAAGGCUCUUUUGUCGAUGUUUGGAUUGGGAGGACAAGCCGGGCGUGCAGUUUAAAAAAUCUUGGUUGAAAGUUUUCGUCGGGUGCUGGUUGGCGAAAGAUCUUUUGACCAAUCCAGUCGUCGCCUUUGUUUGCACCUUUUUCCAACGCAGUCUAGGUCGGUCGGUUUCGGAGUGAUGACGAAAGGCGGCGGCGGCAAGGCAAAACAAAAGGAUCACGAGCCGAACGCGGACCGGGGGCGGAAAAGAAAAAUGCACAUCAAAAUGAUGGCCUUUGACCUCGGUGAAUUUUGGGUUGGGAACCAAAAUGAGGUAAGGCGAAGUCGGUGGUAAUUAUUGAGGGCAGCGAUCGAAACAGCGAAUAACGAAGUCGUAGGAAAUUUGCGGCGUUGGGGCUGGGCUGCAAUCAAACAAACUCACUAGCAGAACAAAAUCUAUAUGUAGACAAAUAAUUAUGUAAGGCGAAAGACAAGGCCAAGUGUUGAAUGCAGGGUCAUCAAUCAAGAUUGUAGCAGCAAAAUGAAGAAGAUAAAGCGAGAGAGAGGGGUUGGCAGAAGAUGCAAGAAGCAAACAACAAACAGUUGGCACAGGGUUCAAAGGAACCUAAGAAGUUUUCGG